CUCUGUUCGUAAUGUCGUCUGAGUACAAAUAUGAUGAGCAGGGACAAUUCUUUCCAGUAUUUUUGCUGGUUGCUGUGUCCUGCUUCAUCAUUCCCAUGACUUUCUCAAGUCUAUUUGGUCAAGUCUCAACUAAGAAAAAUGGUUCUGUCUCAGAUCCAUUUGCCGCAUAUCGUCCAAAGGACAUAAAGAAAAAGAAAGAAUCGAAAUUACGGUUACGACAUUUUAUCAUUUUAAUUGGAUGGGCAAUUAUUGGAUAUCUAUCUUAUCGAGUUGCCUUUACCAAGUUGAGCUUUAAUGUCUGGGAUCCAUACGAAAUUUUGGGAAUACCAAAAAACAUGGCUGUAGAUGACAUUCGGCGUCAUUAUAAGCGACUCUCAAUUAAAUUUCAUCCGGAUAAAAUAAGAAACUUGGGCAAUACGACUAGAGAGGAGGUUGAAGCUAAUUACAUAGAGCUUACUACAGCCUACAGAGCUUUAACAGACGAGGAAACCCGCGAAAAUUACAUACUUUAUGGUACGCCCGACGUUCCCCAAAACAUUGAUAUUGGAAUUGCACUUCCAAAGUGGAUUGCGGAUUCGAACAAUAGUAUUUAUGUACUCGGUUUCUAUGGUCUUAUUUUUGGCAUUUUUUUGCCUUACAGUGUUGGUCGUUGGUGGUAUGGUAGCCGAACUUACACUCGUGACCAAGUUCACGUUGGAAGUGUAGAUGCUUGGUUUCCUAAGAUUCACGAAAAUUUGGAGAUGGAGGACAUUUUGCAGUUGUUAGCCUCUAGCAAAGAAUUUCAGAUUUCUUCUUCACCUGAAGCUUCUAAGACCGUUGUCGUACAGCUCUUACAAAAUCACUUACAUCGGAAGGAGAAGUCAAAUCUUAAUAUGCAGCGGUUGUUAUCUGAAACAGACUUGGUGAUGAAUGCAUUGGUCUCUGUUAUUUCGGCGUAUGGAUUUUCGAAACCUACCGAUAACGUGUUUAAGCUUUGGCAACACAUUGUUCAAGCAAUUCCGUUGGAGCUUCCACUUCCUUUGUUGCAACUGCCACAUCUUAGUGUUGAGGAUGCUAAAAAGUUUGCGUCACGUGGUAUUACCCACAUACCCCAAUUCUUACAACUAAAGAAAGAGAAGGGUUUAUCCGGCUAUUCUAGUGAACAAAUCCAAGAGAUGGUGGAAAUUGCUAAUAACAUUCCCCGUAUCUCAGUGUUGGACUCUAAGGUGCUUGUGGACGGAGAUGAUUUUGUAACUACUGGAGCUAUUGCAAACUUUAUUUUGCGUUUGAAAUGCUCUUAUGGAGAAGAAAUUAUGCCAGAAGUCAGUGUCGAGGGUACAGAAACGGCUACUGAACAAGACAAGAUUGAUGCAGAACGCGUGCAUAUGGAAAAGGAUGUUGUUUUGGGCGAUUUGGAGGUUCUUCCUCAUGCUUGGUCCCCUUAUUUCACCCAAUCUCACAAAACUGCUUGGUGGGUGUAUGUAGUCGAUCCCCGUCAAAACCGAGUAAUUAUUCCUCCAUUCAGCAUAACGGAUAUUCCACGCACAGAACGAACAAUUCGUAUACCUUUUCAGGUACCACCAGUAGAAGGUACCUUUAAAUUCCAAACGCAUAUCGUAUCCAACUCUUACCUUGGAGAGGACAUUGUAAGUAAUCUAACGGUCGUGGUGAAAGAUGCAGCAACGAUUCAAGAUACUAUUAUUGAAGAUGAUGAGUUCUCUGACGGGGAAGAUGGACUUGUCGAUGAUGAGUUCGAAAAGCUUAAGCAUGGUGAUGAAGGCUCCCAAGAUGAAGAAGAAUCUGAUGAAGAGGAUGACCCUAGUGCUAAUGGUUUUAACACGGAUACUUCUGAAGAGGAUGAGUGAGUAAGCAUAAAAAAGUUAACGAUGCAAAAAAAUACCGAUUCUUCAAAAAGUGUUCUCAAACUUAUACUUCUUCCUUUUUGUUGUGUCUUCACUCCUUGCUUCCCUAUCUUAUUUUACAUACUUUAAUUAUUUGCAAGUCCAUGGAUAGGAACCAAAAUCGUAUAUGGCGGCAAAGUCAUUUCCACUUAAUGGCAAACUAGUUGCAUGGGUUUGCAAUACUUUAUUUUUUUCAUAGCAUAUUUAAUUGUGGAAUACUCUUAUUUAGAGUUCGUUACCAGCUGAGACACUCUUUUGAUGAUAGAAAAUAUAAAUUACGGAUUGAGAUAUAUAUUUCUAUAUGUUAGUAAUGAUUUCUUCAUUUAAUGUAAAAGUUAUGUUCGACCCA